UAUUAACCAGUCAUCGUCCAUAUUUGAAUGCGCAGCUAUAGGCUAUAGCUAGUCGAUCCAGGAGCAAAGCACAGCGACAAUCAAGCUAGCUAAGCAUGCUAAUGAUCGAUCGAGCUUCUGCUAGCAGCUAGCUGGUGCGAUCGAUCGAACAGCUUAAUUGUUGGUUGAUAAGUUUAUUAGCUUAGCAAAAGCAGGUCGAAGAUGAAAGCAGCAAGUUCGAUCUUUACGGCAUUAUCCGCGGCCGUGUUCGGCUUCUUCAUUGGUAUUUCUUUUCCUGUAGAAAUCACACCAAAGCUUCAGUAUUGUGCCUUUCUCCCUUGCGACGGUACAAACACGAACUCCAGCUCCAGCAGUGACAGCAACAACAACAUGCUCAACUUCUGGGCACCAUCCGUCAGAAACAGCACUAGUGCCCCGUCGAAUGCCACUAUUUCAGGGAACGGUACAACGACAGCAGCAGCUGCAGUGGCGAAAAAACCGCAAGGAGCGGAGAGGCUGCCUCCGGGUAUUGUUGUCCGGGACUCUGAUCUUCAUCUACACCGCCUCUGGGGCCACCCAACAUCGGACGUUGCGAGUGGCAAGCAGUACCUUGUGACGCUGACGGUGGGGUACACUGAGAAAGACAACAUCAAUGCAACUGUUCACAAGUUAUCGGACAAGUUUGACAUAGUGCUGUUCCAUUACGACGGUCGGACGACUGAAUGGGAGGAGUUCGAGUGGUCCAAGAAGGUUGUUCAUGUCAGCGCCAAGAAGCAGACCAAAUGGUGGUUUGCGAAGAGAUUCAUGCAUCCGAGCAUCGUGGCGCCAUACGAGUACAUAUUCCUGUGGGAUGAGGAUCUGGGAGUGGACAACUUCAGUGCGGAGGAGUACAUCAGCAUCGCCAGGAAGCAUGGCCUGGGGAUCUCGCAGCCGGGGCUCGACGCCACCAAAGGGAAGAGAUCACGCUACACGGCCACCGCCAGGAGGCCCGCCGGCGACAUGCACACCUCCGGCAGGUUCGUCGAGGUCAUGGCGCCCGUCUUCUCCAGAGACGCCUGGGCAUGCGUCUGGCACAUGAUCCCGAAUGAUUUGGUCCACGGCUGGGGUCUCGACCACAAUUUCUGGAGAUGCGUCGACGAGCCUGAAGAGCAUAUAGGCGUCGUGGAUGCGCAGUUCGUUGUCCAUCGCGGUGUCCCAACGCUCAUAAGCCAAGGCAACGGAGAACAAGAAGGGAGCAGUGCCAAGGUGAGAUCCCGGCAGUUUGACGAGAUGCGCACCUUCUACCGCAGAAUCGCCGACGCCGAAAAGGCUCAAGCCGACGCCACGGCAGCUGCAGCAGAUCAUCAUCGCUGAGUUAUUAAUUAACAAUUAACGUCAGCCUAGACCUCUACAUCAUAUAUAUCGUCUCGGAUGAUCAAAUUAACCAGAUUUAGUUACAAAGAGGCAGGUUCUUUGGGGGGCAAAAUUAACUAGGCUCACGAGAGCACAUAUGAACUAGUUUAGUAUACAUGGCAUGGUUAAUUUGAAAGUUAAAAAAACAUUUGACAGCCAAAGAGAUAAUGUGAGCACUUUAAUUGAGAAAUCGAAUAUGGGAUCAUGGGGUUAAAACUGCACCCUACAGUACCAAAUAUACAUCUCAAGCCAAAUAGUACUAAAAACGACUUCAAUUGAUUUGCAUUGAUUGCCUCAAAAGAAAUUUGUGUUGAUUCAA